UUUUUUUCCCCUUUCUCUCUCUCUUGUGCGAUCGCAUCGCAAUUCCAAAACCCUAAUUUUCAUUCCCAAACCCUCAAUUUCACUUUCUUUUCAGGAUCCGAUCACCUUCUUCCUUCUGUGUAUACAUACCGGUACCGAUACUCACACUUCCCUCACUCUCUCUAAACCCUACCUCUGCUUCUUCGAUCAGUUCUCGAUUGAUUGAGAAUUGAUCGCGUUUGAUCAUCGUUACCCCUUCUGGCAAUGCUCUUUGUUUCACGAUGAAGCUCAAAAGACGGAGGGCUUUAGAAGUGCCUCCCAAAAUCAGAUCCUUCAUCAAUAGUGUCACUUCUGUGCCGCUUGAGAAUAUAGAGGAGCCCCUAAAAACUUUUGUAUGGGAGUUCGAUAAGGGAGAUUUCCAUCAUUGGGUUGAUCUUUUUAACCAUUUUGAUUCAUUUUUUGAGAAGCAUGUAAAAUCUAGGAAGGAUUUGCAAGUUGAGGAUAACUUCUUGGAAUCUGAUCCUCCUUUCCCAAGAGAAGCAGUUCUUCAGAUACUCCGUGUCAUAAGAAUAAUUUUGGAGAAUUGUACAAAUAAGCAUUUUUAUAGUUCAUAUGAGCAGCAUCUUUCAUCCUUGCUUGCUUCCACUGAUGCGGAUGUGGUUGAGGCUUGCCUGCAGACUUUGGCAGCUUUUUUGAAGAAAACUAUUGGGAAGUAUUCCAUUAGAGAUGCUUCUUUGAAUUCAAAGUUAUUUGCUCUUGCACAGGGUUGGGGGGGAAAGGAAGAGGGCCUUGGAUUAAUUGCAUGUGCUGUGCAAAAUGGGUGUGAUCCAGUAGCUCAUGAGUUGGGCUGCACCUUGCAUUUUGAGUUCUAUGCAGUGAAUGAGUCCUCAAAUGAAAUCUCUUCCACAGAGCAGUCAAUACAAGGUUUACAAAUCAUUCAUUUACCUAACAUCAACACUCGUCCAGAAAAUGAUCUGGAGCUUCUCAAUAAGUUAGUUGCAGAGUACAGAGUUCCCACCAGUUUAAGAUUUUCUCUUUUGUCAAGGUUGCGGUUUGCAAGGGCUUUUGGCUGUCUAGCUGCUCGACAGCAAUACACAUGCAUUCGCUUAUAUGCCUUCAUAGUUCUAGUUCAAGCAAGCAGUGAUGCUGAUGAUCUAGCUUCAUUUUUUAACUCUGAGCCUGAGUUUGUCAAUGAAUUAGUUACCCUGUUGAGUUAUGAAGAUGCAGUGCCUGAGAAAAUUCGGAUUCUCUGCCUGCUUUCAUUAGUUGCACUUUGUCAAGAUCGUUCUCGCCAGCCAUCUGUAUUGACUGCUGUGACAUCUGGUGGGCACUGCGGUAUCCUAUCUAGCCUCAUGCAGAAAACUAUUGAUUCUGUUCUUAGUAAUUCCUCAAAGUGGUCUGUUGUUUUUGCUGAGGCUUUGUUAUCACUUGUCACGGUUUUGGUUUCAUCUUCUUCGGGUUGCUCAGCAAUGCGAGAGGCUGGGUUUAUUCCUACUCUUUUACCUCUUCUUAAAGAUACAGAUCCUCAGCACUUGCAUUUGGUCAGCACAGCUGUGCAUAUUCUAGAAGCUUUCAUGGAUUACAGUAAUCCAGCUGCUGCAUUGUUCAGAGACUUGGGUGGUUUAGAUGAUACCAUCUCUCGCCUGAAGGUAGAGGUGUCCUAUGUAGAAAAUGGUUCUAAGCAACGUGGUGAGGAUUCUGAUUCUAGUGGGAGCAGUUCACAAAUUGUUGCAAGUACUUCCAGUGAGCUCGAUAACAUGCAGCCUCUAUAUUCUGAAGCAUUAGUUGCAUAUCACCGGCGACUACUGAUGAAAGUUCUGUUGCGUGCUAUAUCUCUUGGAACUUAUGCUCCUGGAAACACUGCCCGUAUUUAUGGCUCUGAGGAGAGUUUAUUGCCACAAUGCUUAUGCAUUAUUUUUAGAAGAGCAAAGGAUUUCGGUGGUGGGGUAUUUUCACUUGCAGCAACUGUCAUGAGUGAUUUGAUUCACAAAGAUCCUACCUGUUUUCCUGUCUUAGAGGCAGCUGGCCUGCCUUCUGCAUUCCUUGAUGCAAUAAUGGAUGGUGUUUUAUGCUCUGCAGAAGCCAUAAUAUGCAUACCUCAGUGCUUGGAUGCCUUGUGUCUAAACAAUAACGGUCUUCAGGCUGUGAAAGAUCGCAAUGCUUUGAGGUGCUUUGUGAAAAUCUUUACUUCCAGAACUUAUUCGCGUGUCCUUGCAGGUGAUACACCAGGAUCCCUGUCUAGUGGACUGGAUGAACUUAUGCGUCAUGCUUCUUCUCUGCGUGGUCCUGGAGUAGAUAUGGUGAUCGAGAUCUUGAAUGCCAUUAUAAAAAUUGGAUCUGGGGCUGAUCCUUCAUGUUUAUCCACCGAUGCUCUGUGUGAUAGUACUCCUGUUCCCAUGGAAACUGAUGUCGAAGAAAGGACCUUGGUUACGCCAGAUGAUAGGGAUUCUUCCAAAAUGGAUAGUUCAGAGCAGACAUCUGAGUCGUCUUCUGAUGCAUCCUUAGCAAAUAUUGAAUCGUUUCUUCCUGAUUGUGUAGGCAAUGUUGCUCGUCUUCUUGAGACAAUUCUUCAGAAUGCUGACACAUGUCGUAUAUUUGUUGAGAAGAAGGGGAUUGAUGCUGUCUUGCAGUUGUUCACCUUACCUUUAAUGCCUAUUUCAGCAUCAGUUGGUCAGAGUAUUCCAGUUGCUUUUAAGAACUUCUCACCUCAGCAUUCUGCUUCUCUGGCUCGGGCUGUUUGUUCGUAUUUGAGGGAACAUUUGAAAUUAACAAAUGAACUAUUAGUUUCAAUUGGAGGUGGUCAGCUUGCUGCAGUUGAAUCUGGAAAGCAAACUAAAGUUUUGAGACAUAUUUCCAGUCUAGAGGGUCUUCUCUCUCUUUCCAUUUUUUUGCUGAAGGGUACUAGUACUGUUGUUUCUGAAUUGAGCACUGCAGAUGCUGAUGUAUUGAAAGAUCUUGGGAAAGCAUAUAGGGAAAUAAUUUGGCAAAUUUCUUUGUGUAAUGAUACCAAGGCAGAUGAGAAGAAGAAUGCUGAUCAAGAGGGGGAGAAUGCAGAUGCAGCUCCAUCCAGUGCUGUUGGAAGGGAAAGCGAUCAUGAUGAAAAUAUUCCAGCAGUGAGAUACAUGAACGCCGUUUCCGUUAGCAAUGCUUCGCAGUCGCUGUGGGGUGGAGAAAGAGAGUUUCUUUCAGUUGUUCGUUCUGGUGAAGGUUUACAUCGUCGUAGUCGACAUCAUGGUUUGUCUCGCAUUCGGGGUGGAAGAACUAGUAGGCACCUGGAGGCAUUUAACAUUGAUUCUGAAGUUCAGCCUAAUUUACCUGAGACAUCUUCUUCACAUGAUUUGAAGAAGAAAAGUCCUGAUGUUCUUGUCAUGGAAAUUCUUAACAAGUUGGCUUCAACAUUGCGUGCUUUCUUUACAGCUCUUGUGAAGGGUUUCACCUCACCAAAUCGUCGUAGAGCUGAUUCAGGUUCAUUGAGUUCAGCUUCAAAGACCCUUGGAACUGCCCUGGCUAAAACAUUUCUGGAGGCCCUAAGCUUCUCUGACUAUUCUUCUUCUUCUUCUGGGCUUGAUAUGUCGCUGUCAGUGAAGUGUCGGUAUCUGGGGAAGGUUGUGGAUGACAUGGCAGCACUCACAUUUGACAACAGGCGACGUACUUGUUACACAGCAAUGGUUAAUAAUUUUUAUGUCCAUGGAACCUUCAAAGAGCUACUCACUACAUUUGAAGCUACUAGUCAUUUGCUAUGGACGCUACCAUACUCUAUUCCAACAUCAGGUAUUGAUCCUGAGAAAGUAGGUGAGGGAAGCAAAUUGACUCACAGUGCAUGGCUGCUUGAUACAUUGCAAAGCUAUUGCCGUGUGCUGGAGUAUUUUGUUAAUUCAGCUUUUCUUUUGUCUCCAACCUCUGCUUCCCAGGCUCAGCUGCUUGUUCAGCCACCAGUUGCUGUUGGUUUGUCUAUUGGGCUCUUCCCUGUUCCUAGGGACCCAGAAGCCUUUGUUCGUAUGCUUCAAUCUCAGGUUUUGGAUGUGAUACUGCCUAUCUGGAAUCACCCUAUGUUUCCAAACUGUAGUCCAGGUUUCAUUGCCUUGGUUAUUUCACUUGUUACCCAUGUAUACUCUGGUGUAGGAGAUGUGAAGCGAAAUCGUAGUGGUAUUGCAGUGAGUACAAACCAGCGUCUCAUGCCUCCACCACCUGAUGAAAAUACUAUUGCCAUUAUUGUUGAUAUGGGCUUUUCAAGGGCAAGAGUGGAGGAAGCACUGAGACGAGUGGAAACAAAUAGUGUUGAAAUGGCCACAGAGUGGUUGUUGAGUCAUUCUGAGGAUCCUGUGCAAGAAGAUGAUGAACUGGCUCGAGCACUUGCUCUGUCUCUGGGAAGUUCGUCAGAUACAGCAAAGGUUGACAGUACUGACAAGUCAAUGGAUGUUCUAACUGAAGAGGGUCAAGUGAAGGCACCCCCCAUUAAUGAUAUCCUUGCUUCAUCUGUCAAAUUGCUUCAGAGUAGUGAUACAAUGGCAUUCCCAUUGACGGAUUUGCUUGUGACACUUUGCAACCGAAACAAAGGAGAAGAUCGUCCACAAGUUGUAUCUCAUCUUGUUCAGCACCUUAAAGAAUGUCCGUUGGAUUUUUCAAAGGAUACCAGUGCAUUGUGUACAAUAUCACAUAUUAUAGCAUUGCUUCUUUUUGAGGAUGGAAGUACUAGAGAAAUUGCUGCACAGAAUGGUAUUGUACCUACUGCGGUGGAUAUCCUUGUGAGUUUUAAGGCUAGAAAUGAGUCAGAGAAUGAAAUUGUGGUCCCUAAAUGCAUAAGUGCUUUAUUACUUAUUUUAGAUAACCUGUUGCAGUCUCGGCCUGGAAUUGUCUCUGAAUCCACAGAAGGAACCCAGGUAGGACCUCUGCCUGACCCAUCUGGAGAGCUGUCAGCUCCAGCAGCAGUUACAGAGAAAAAAUCAGAUUCAGAUGUCAAUGAUAAAAAAUCUAUCUUACCAUUUGAGAAAAUAUUGGGGAAAUCUCCAGGUUACUUGACGAUGGAAGAGAGUCAUAAGGUGCUGCUUGUAGCUUGUGACUUAAUAAAACAACAUGUUCCAGCCAUGAUCAUGCAGGCUGUUCUGCAGUUAUGUGCUCGUUUGACGAAAACGCAUGUCCUAGCUUUGCAAUUUCUUGAAAAUGGUGGCUUGGCUGCUCUGUUUAGUCUUCCAAGAAGUUGUUUUUUCCCUGGAUACGACACUGUUGCAUCUGCUAUCAUUAGACAUCUCCUUGAAGACCCUCAGACACUGCAAACAGCCAUGGAAUUGGAGAUACGACAACAUUUGAGUCUAAACAGGCAUUCUGGACGUAGUCUCCCGCGAACAUUCUUGACAUCAAUGGCACCUGUUAUUUCAAGAGAUCCUGUCAUAUUUAUGAAAGCUGCAGCAGCAAUUUGUCAGCUGGAGUCAUCGGGAGGGAGGACCUUUGUGGUUUUGUCAAAGGAAAAAGAAAAGGACAAGGAGAAAGACAAAUCGAAAUCAACAGGUGGUGAACUUGGACUAUCUUCUAUAGAAUCUGUUCGGAUUUCUGAAAAUAAGAGUCAUGAUGGAUUAAGUAGAUGUUCCAAAGGCCACAAAAGAAUUCCUGCCAAUCUUACUCAAGUAAUUGAUCAGCUACUUGAAAUAGUAUUGAAAUACCCUUUGCCUAAAAGCCAGGAAGAUGGUAUGAGUGAGUUGACUUCUAUGGAGGUAGAUGAACCAGCUACAAAGGUAAAGGGUAAGUCGAAGGUUGAUGAGACAAGGAAAACAAAGUCUGAUUCAGAAAGAUCUGCUUGCCUUGCUAAAGUGACUUUUGUACUCAAAUUAUUGAGUGAUAUUCUUCUUAUGUAUGUACAUGCUGUUGGGGUUAUACUGAGAAGGGAUUUGGAGAUGUGUCAACUCCGAGGGCCUAACCAUCUAGAUGGUUCUGGACAAGGUGGAAUUCUUCAUCAUGUUUUACAUUGGUUACUUCCACUGUCUAUUGAUAAAUCAGCCGGGCCUGAUGAAUGGAGAGAAAAGUUGUCUGAAAAAGCUUCAUGGUUUCUGGUGGUACUUUGUGGUCGUUCCAGUGAAGGGCGUAAACGAGUAAUUAAUGAACUUGUAAAAGCCUUAUCUUCAUUAUCAAACCUGGAGAGUAAUUCAACUAAGAGCAGUUUGUUGCCUGAUAAAAAGGUUUUUGCUUUUGUUGAUUUGGCCUAUUCUAUUUUGUCAAAAAAUUCAUCAUCCAGCAACUUACCUGGUCCUGGGUGCUCCCCGGACAUUGCAAAAAGCAUGAUUGAUGGUGGAAUGGUUCAAUGCUUAACCAGCAUUCUUCAAGUAAUUGAUUUAGACUAUCCUGAUGCUGCCAAAACUGUGAAUCUUAUACUGAAGGCUCUUGAAAGCCUAACAAGGGCUGCUAAUGCAAGUGAGCAGGUAUUUAAAUCUGAAGGGGGCAGCAAGAAAAAAUCUGUAGGGUCAAAUGGGAGACAUGAUGAUCAGGUUACUGCUGCUGCUGAGACUAUAGAGCCUAAUCAAAAUAGGAGCAAUCAACAUGAAGUUACUGAUGCUGAAGACACUGAACAACAGCCCCAAGGAAUUUCUCGAAGUGAAGGAAACAAUGAAGUGAAUGCAAACCAGUCUGCUGAGCAAGAUAUGGGAAUAGAAGUGGAAGAUGCAACAACUGCCAAUCCACCUAUGGAGCUUCCUAUGGAUUUCAUGCGUGAAGAAAUUGAUGAACGUGGUGUGUUAAACAACACUGACCAAAUUGAAAUGACGUUUCAUGUUGAGAAUAGGGCAGAUGAUGAUAUGGGUGAUGAGGAUGAUGACAUGGGAGAUGAUGCAGAUGAUGACGAGGAUGAUGAUGAGGGGGAUGAUGAGGAUGAGGAUAUAGCAGAAGAUGGUGCUGGCAUGAUGUCUCUAGCUGAUACUGAUGUGGAUGACCAUGAUGAUACUGGCUUGGGAGAUGAAUACAAUGAUGAGAUGAUGGAUGAAGAAGAUGAUGAUUUUCAUGAGGACCGUGUCAUAGAGGUUCGGUGGAGGGAGGCCCUUGAUGGUUUGGAUCAUUUGCAGGUGCUUGGGCAACCUGGAGGUGCAAGUGGUCUUAUUGAUGUGGCCGCUGAACCAUUCGAAGGGGUGAAUGUGGAUGACCUUUUUGGUCUUCGCAGCAGACCUUUAGGUUUUGAGCGCCGGCGUCAAACUGGUAGGUCUUCUUUUGAGCGAUCUGUCACAGAAGUAAGUGGGUUUCAACAUCCUCUCCUCUCAAGGCCAUCCCAUUCAGGUGACCUGGUCUCAAUGUGGUCAUCGGGUGGGAACUCAUCCCGGGAUUUAGAAGCUCUGUCAUCUGGGAGUUUUGAUGUUGCUCACUUCUACAUGUUUGAUGCCCCUGUUUUUCCGUAUGAUCAUGUGCCAAGUAGUCUUUUUGGUGAUCGUUUGGGUGGUGUAGCACCCCCACCUUUGACUGAUUAUUCUGUAGGUAUGGAUUCAUUGCAGUUAUCUGGGCGAAGAGGGCUGGGUGAUGGUCGAUGGACUGAUGAUGGUCAACCGCAGGCAGGACCCCAGGCUUCUGCGAUUGCGCAGGCUGUAGAAGAGCACUUUGUAUCUCAGUUGCGUAGUAUAUCUCCAGCAAGCAAUCUGGCUGAAAGGCAGUCCCAGAAUUCAGGAGUGCAGGAGAGGCAAUUAUCAGAUGCACCUGCAUCUGUUGAUGGUCUAGCGGUGGUAGAGGGUGAAAAUGUUGCUAGUCCUCAGAAUGAAGGUCCACAUCAAGAAAAUAGGAAUGAAAUAGUUGAUCACCAAUCUGAUCCAACAGUUGGUAGUGUUCCUACUGGGGAGCAGAACAAUUCUGGGAUUGUUGUCGAAGAUGAGCCUAUGGUUAUUCAACCACUUUCUUUGAACUCUAAUGGACAGGAUAUUAUGGAAAUUGGGGAUGGUAAUGGUACUUUUGCUGAGCAAGUAGAGGCAAUUCCAGAGUUUGUCAACUCAGCUGCAGACUGCCCUGCUGAUCUGCAGCAUGAAGGUGCAUCUUUAAUGUCUUCAAAUGUGCCUGAUGUGUCAGUUCAGACCAGUGGCAUUGAUGGAUCAGGAUCGACAAGAGUGGAUGAUCAGGCCACUAAUCAUGUGGUGAUGGAUUCUGGUAUGGAGAUGCCCAAUCUUGGUGAUGUGCAAGCUUCUUCGGUUCAUGCAAAUAUUGAUGUUGAUAUGAGUGGCGUUGAUGUUGAAGGAAAUCAGGCUGAAGAAUCCAUGCCUGCUUCUGAACAAGGUGUAGAUAUGUCAUCAUCUGGGCAAAACACUGUGGUUUCUCAAGACACUGUUCAGACUGACCAAACUACUGCCAAUAAUGAGGCUCCUGGUGCUAGUGCUAUUGAUCCAACCUUCUUGGAGGCACUACCUGAAGACUUAAGGGCAGAAGUGCUAGCUUCUCAACAAGCUCAGUCCGUUCAACCUCCGACUUAUACUCCUCCUUCAGCAGAUGACAUAGAUCCGGAGUUUCUGGCUGCCCUUCCUCCUGAUAUCCAAGCAGAAGUUUUGGCGCAACAAAGAGCACAGAGGUUUGCACAACAGGGAGAAGGGCAACCAGUUGACAUGGAUAAUGCUUCAAUAAUUGCUACUUUUCCUGCUGAUUUGCGUGAAGAGGUACUUUUGACUUCUUCAGAAGCAGUUUUAUCUGCUUUACCUUCUCCAUUACUUGCUGAAGCUCAAAUGUUAAGAGACCGAGCAAUGAGUCAUUAUCAGGCUCGCAGUCUUUUUGGAGGAAGCCACAGGUUAAAUGGUCGAAGGAAUGGUCUGGGUUUUGAUAGGCAGACAGUGAUGGAUAGGGGUGUUGGAGUUACAAUAGGCCGAAGAGCAGCUUCUGCUAUUGCAGAUAGCUUGAAAGUGAAGGAAAUUGAAGGAGAGCCUCUGUUGGAUGCAGAUGCAUUGAAAGCUUUGAUCCGGCUUCUACGGUUAGCGCAGCCCCUUGGGAAAGGCCUUCUGCAGAGAUUGCUGUUAAAUCUGUGUGCACAUAGUAUUACUAGGGCAGCUUUAGUUCGUCUUUUACUCGAUAUGAUUAAACCUGAGGCUGAAGGUUCAGCUAAUGGAUUGGCAACAAUUAAUUCACAGAGGCUCUAUGGCUGUCAGUCAAAUGUUGUUUAUGGCCGUUCACAGUUGUUGGAUGGUCUUCCUCCCCUGGUGUUGCGUCGAAUUCUUGAGAUUAUGACUUAUCUGGCCACAAACCAUUCUGCUGUUGCAAGUAUGUUGUUCUACCUUGAUCCCUCAAUUGUUCCAGAGCUUGCAACUCCAAAAUACUCUGAAACUAAGGACAAAGGCAAAGAGAAAAUUCUGGAUGGAGAUGCUUCAUCAGAACCUCCAGGUGACUUACAGGAUGGGCAUGUUCCUUUAAUACUCUUCCUGAAACUCUUGAACCGACCUCUAUUUUUGCGCAGCACUGCACAUCUUGAGCAGGUCAUGGGUUUGCUUCAGGUAAUUGUUUAUGCCGCAGCCUCAAAAUUUGAAUGUCGGUCACAAUCUGAAUCAGCAACUGAAAAUUCCCAAAAGCCGCUGAUUGAUGAAGCUUCUGGUGAUGCUCCAAAAGAUCCUCCUUCAGCUGAACCAGCAUCAAGCCAAGAGGAUAAAAAUGCCAGUGACAAGUCAUCUACUUCAGAUGGAAAGAGGAGCAUGGAUAACUGUGAUAUUUUCUUGCAUCUGCCACAAUGUGAUUUGCGCAAUCUAUGCAGCCUUCUUGGUCGUGAAGGGUUGUCAGAUAAAGUUUAUAUGUUAGCUGGUGAGGUUCUGAAGAAGUUGGCCUCUGUUGCUGCACCCCAUCGAAAGUUCUUUACUUCAGAGCUUUCGGAACUGGCGCAUGGUUUGAGUAGUUCAGCUGUCAAUGAACUUGUGACACUGAGUGAUACACAAAUGUUGGGUCUGAGUGCUGGUUCCAUGGCUGGGGCCGCAAUUUUACGUGUGCUACAGGCACUCAGCUCACUCUUGUCAACCACUGGUGGUGAAAGUUCAGGUCAGGAGAAUGAUGGGGAACAGGAGGAGCAAACUACAAUGUGGAAUCUAAAUGUUGCACUUGAGCCAUUAUGGCAAGAAUUAAGUAAUUGUAUUGGUAUGACAGAGACACAGCUGGGUCAGAACUCCUUCUGUCCAAGUAUGUCUAAUAUAAUUGUCGGGGAGCAGGUACAAGGGACUGCCGGUACGUCACCUCUUCCACCAGGAACACAGAGACUCCUUCCAUUUAUUGAGGCUUUCUUUGUUUUGUGUGAAAAGCUACAAGCAAACCUUGCCAUGAUCCAGCAAGAUCAUGCAAAUGUAACUGCUACAGAAGUCAAAGAGUCUGCCGGGAGCUCAACUUCCUUAACCAUGAAAUGCAAUGAUGAUUCUCAGAGAAAGCUUGAGGGUGCUGUCACAUUCGCUAGGUUUGCUGAAAAGCAUCGCCGGCUUCUUAAUGCUUUUAUCAGACAGAAUCCCAGUUUGUUGGAGAAAUCACUUUCUAUGAUGCUGAAGGCACCUAGACUGAUCGAUUUUGAUAACAAGAGAGCAUAUUUCCGUUCAAGGAUAAGGCAACAGCAUGAACAACACCUCUCAGGCCCACUGCGAAUCAGUGUUCGGCGGGCAUAUGUUUUAGAGGAUUCUUACAAUCAGCUGCGGAUGCGGUCCACACAAGAUUUGAAGGGAAGGUUGAAUGUGCAUUUCCAAGGUGAAGAGGGCAUUGAUGCUGGGGGUCUGACUAGGGAAUGGUAUCAAUUACUGUCAAGGGUCAUAUUUGAUAAAGGAGCAUUACUUUUCACUACUGUUGGAAAUAAUGCAUCUUUCCAGCCAAACCCCAAUUCUGUCUACCAGACUGAGCAUCUUUCCUACUUCAAAUUUGUGGGCCGUGUGGUUGCCAAAGCUCUCUUUGAUGGUCAGCUUUUGGAUGUUCAUUUCACCCGCUCCUUCUACAAGCACAUCCUUGGUGUCAAAGUGACUUACCAUGACAUAGAGGCUGUUGACCCUGAUUAUUAUAAGAACUUAAAGUGGAUGUUGGAGAACGAUGUAAGUGACAUUCCUGACCUGACAUUUAGCAUGGAUCCGGAUGAAGAAAAGCACAUUCUUUACGAGAAAACUGAGGUUACUGAUUAUGAGCUUAAACCUGGAGGAAGAAAUAUAAGGGUUACAGAAGAAACAAAGCAUGAGUAUGUGGACCUUGUUGCUGAUCAUAUCUUGACCAAUGCUAUCCGUCCACAAAUCAAUUCGUUCCUGGAAGGUUUCAGUGAAUUGGUUCCCCGAGAACUUAUUUCAAUUUUCAAUGAUAAAGAGCUAGAGCUACUAAUUAGUGGACUUCCUGAAAUUGAUUUGGAUGAUCUAAGGGCCAAUACAGAGUACACUGGCUAUACAGCGGCAUCUAAUGUUGUUCAGUGGUUUUGGGAAGUUGCUAAAGCUUUCAAUAAGGAAGACAUGGCUAGACUGCUCCAGUUUGUCACUGGAACAUCAAAGGUUCCAUUGGAGGGUUUUAGGGCAUUGCAAGGUAUCUCAGGUCCCCAGAAGUUUCAAAUUCACAAGGCAUAUGGAGCUCCCGAGCGUCUGCCCUCAGCUCAUACAUGCUUCAAUCAGCUAGAUCUUCCCGAGUAUUCAUCCAAGGAUCAUCUUCAAGAACGUUUGUUGCUUGCUAUACAUGAAGCCAGCGAGGGUUUUGGCUUUGGUUGAUAAAUUAUUUUCUGAUAGCGUAGCUCAGCAAGCCAUCAAUCCAACUUGGAUUCUCGAUGUACAUGUCAAGUGUUACUGAUUCGGGUGGAUAGAACAAGUUAAUCAAUAACUGGAGGAAAGGCCAAAUUAAAAUUACAGCAUGAAAAUCGGAUUAUAGACGGGAUUUCUGGCAAGCAUCAUCUCAAAGAUUGAUAGAUAGAGUUGGCGAAGACGAUGAUUUUGAAGGAAGGGAAGCUCAGGUCUUUUAUUAAACAGCACUGAGCUGGAAAAUGGGUUUUUUUUUUUUGUUUUGGCAAAUAGAUGAUUCUGAGGAGGGUAUAUAAUGUUGUUAUUAAUGGGUAUCAAUGUUCAUAGUAGGUUUUCGAUUUUGAGUCUUGUUCUUAGCCUUGUUUUAUGAGGCAUUUUAUAUGAAUAAAGUAGAACAGAUUUGAUUAUAUCCAUUUUGAAUUAUAUUUUUAAUAUCAUACAUUUUCAGUUUUAGCAAUUCAAA